AUGAGCCAGCAGAUCGGCAACUCAGAACCUGCCAGCCAACUUGGCCACAGUCAACCCUCGUCAUCCAGCGCGAACCGUACUCGUCGUCGUCGUCAAGACUCUCGCCAUAUGCCAUAUGCGCGUAACAGCCAUGACCACCCUUCCCGUCCAGGCCCCAACAGGGCAGCUUUCCGACCCCAAGACUCAACUAUGGCUUCUGAUCGACAACCCACGAGACAGGGCCCUAGCCCAGCCAUCAUACCGUGCAGGAAUCUUGCCCCAGUAGAUCUCCACCCCCCCAGCUCGCCUGAAGACCAGGAUGAUCGUCACAGGGAACCUAGUCGCGUCAGCCACGUCAAUCGCGGUUUGGAAACGGAUCAGCACGGUACGGCUCAUAUCGACCUGCCUCCGACAUACAAUGAGGCUGUCUCUCAGUCUCGAGAGCAUGCUCAGCGGGAACCUUCCGUUCGACCAGGAUUUCACGCCCCAACUGAAGCCAUUUCCGGCCAGGGACGAGCUACGGACGGUAUCAGACAUCUACGCCAAGAAAAUGCUGAUCUACGCAAGAAGCUCGACGACAACACCCGGGAUCUACAACGCCAAAUCAACAACCUCAAAAUGGAGCAGGUCUUUGCUAUUACAGCUUUGAGGGAUGCCACGACAGAACAGGCCCGCACUAUUGCGUACUUGAAAGAGGUCACGACAGAGCAGGCCCAUCUUAUCGAUGACCUGAAGGCCAGGCUGGAGACUCGCGAGACGGAUGGUCCAAGAUUCUCAUAG